AGAAGACAGCAUUUACUUAACGUGCACCACAAGGAUAGAAGCUGCCUUUGUUCACAUCCCUUGAUGAUACAAUCUUUUCAGAGACUCAGGUUGGGGAUUGAAAAUGGUUUUUAAACGUAAAACAUAUGCUGUUGAUCCAGAUUAUUCCACCUCUGAUGAAGCUCAUAGUGGUGGAUCGUAUAAAACAAUGCCAGAAAAUGCCCCUUGGUAUAUGGAAACAACUGGAAUAGUGAACCCAUCACCUGUUUUUAUAACACCUUUGGAUUACACUGAAUAUGAUAAUUCCAGAAAAAAAUAUAAAUAUAAUGCUAGCUUGAAACACCUGAUCCCUGUCCGUUGCAUUACAACACCACCUGCUGCCAGCCCUCUAGAUGAUGCUGGUUUCUUUUCUCUGGCUAUGUUUACAUGGCUCACUCCCAUUUUGUGGAAAGUCUUUAGACGACAGAUUGAUGUCGACUCCGUACCUUCUUUAUCGCCACUUGAUGGUUCAGAUGUUAAUGCAAAAAGAUUUCAGAGGCUCUGGGAUGAGGAGGUUGCUAGGGUUGGACCUCAGAAGGCUUCAAUUGAACAUGUGGCCUUUCAUUUUCAAAAGACUCGUAUUAUCCUGUCUUUCUGUGUCUCCAUUUUGUUCACUGCUGCCAGUUUUAUAGGACCAGGGGUUCUGGUUUUCAGUAUUCUUCAGCAUAUUGAAUCUUUCUCUCCAGACCGCAUUCAUGGGGUUGGUCUCUGUGUUGCACUUUUUGUGUCAGAGUUCAGCAAAGCGUUUUUUCUUUCUUUGACUUGGGCUAUCAAUUUUCGAACAGCAGUUAGACUUAAAUCUGCUUUCUCUGCCGUGGCUUUCCAGAAGGUGGUGACUUUAAAGUCUUUGGGGAACAUCUCUGUUGGAGAGGUUAUCAACAUCCUUUCCAAUGACGGGUAUCGACUUUUUGAUGCUGCUUUAUUUUGCACAUUUUCACUGUGCAUGCCAGUGCUGCUAAUAGUUUGCAUUAUUUAUGCAUGCUAUGUUUUUGGAUAUACUGCACUCAUUGGCGUUUUGGUAUAUCUCAUCUUUAUCCCUGUACAGUUGUUGACAGCAAGGCUGACAACUGCGUUCCGAAGGAAAGCAAUACAUGUGACAGACAGUAGAGUGCGCACAAUGAAUGAAGUUCUGACUUACAUUAAACUAAUCAAAAUGUAUGCCUGGGAGAGUUCAUUUGAGCAGACUAUCACUGAGGUGCGUAAAAACGAAAGAAAAACUUUAGAAAAAGCAGGAUAUGUCCAGAGUGUGAAUUCUUCUGUGACCACCAUCAUACCAACUCUGGCAACAGUUCUCACCCUUAUCGUUCACACAUCUCUGAAACUUAAUCUAACUUCAUCAGCAGCAUUCACACUGAUUGCCAUUUUCAAUGCAAUGAGAUUCACACUUGGAAUUCUUCCAUUUUCAGUAAAAGCCUUGGCAGAAGCUAGAAUCUCUUUGGCCAGAUUAAAGAAAAUUCUCCUGGUUGAAAAUCCAGAACAGUAUGUGCUUUCCUUAAAAGGGUCUCCAAAUGCAUUAGUAAUGGAAAAAGCCACUCUGUCAUGGGACAAGCCGGAUGACAACAGUGGGACUGACGGGACCCUCGCAAACGGAAAGAACAGUAAUGAAAGUGAAAGUAAUAAAAAAGCACAACCUUCAGAGAGCCAAAAUGGAACAAAAUCAACCACAAAGGAAACAAACAAAGUCACUCUGAGAAAUAUUAAUAUAACAUUAGAAAAGGGAAAGCUUCUGGGAGUUUGUGGAAAUGUUGGAAGUGGCAAAAGCUCAUUGAUAUCAGCACUAUUGGGGGAGAUGAACCUUCUCCGUGGCUCAGUGGCAGUGGAUGGAAUGUUUGCCUAUGUAUCCCAGCAGGCCUGGAUAUUUCACGGAACUGUUAGAGACAAUAUUUUAAUGGGAGAGGAUUUUGAUGAAAAAAGGUACAGUGAAGUUAUUAGUUCUUGCAGCCUUAAGUCUGACCUGGCUAUUCUUCCACAUGGUGAUAUGACCGAGAUCGGUGAAAGGGGCCUCAAUCUCUCAGGAGGUCAGAAGCAGAGGAUCAGCCUGGCCCGAGCCGUGUACUCCAACAGAGACAUUUUCUUACUGGAUGAUCCUCUUUCAGCUGUGGAUGCACAUGUUGGUAAACACAUUUUUGAGGAGUGUGUCAAAAAGGCACUUGCAGGAAAAACGAUCAUUCUGGUGACUCACCAACUGCAGUACUUGGAGUUCUGUGAUAAAGUUAUAUUACUGGAAGAUGGAGAAACAAAAGAAAUGGGGACCCACAAAUCUUUGAUGGAAACAAAAGGCAGAUAUUGGCGGCUCAUCCAGAACUUUCGAUCAGAACACUCAAAUUUUCAGGACUCUGUCGAUGAGGAACAAAACACACAAGAAUUAUCUGGCUCUAAAAAAAAGGAUUCUGAACACGGAAUUGAAAAUCCUGCUUUUGACAUAUCUGAUGAGAUGAAUGUAUCUGCUAACCACAAGCACUCAAGUGGACUGGACAAAAACGAAGAACCUCAAAAACAGUUAGUGCUUCAGGAAAGAGGGCACGAAGGUUCUGUUACAUGGAAAACCUACCACUUUUAUAUUAAGGCUUCUGGAGGAUAUAUUUUGGCUGUUUUUGUUUUUCUCAUGUUUUUCUUGAUGGUGGGAUCAAGUGCCUUCAGCAGCUGGUGGCUUGGACAUUGGAUAGAACAGGGCUCAGGGGUGUAUAACUGCACAUCAUCACAAUGUGGCAGUAUUUCACAUAAUCCUGACCUACAGUUUUACCAGCUGGUGUAUGGAAUGAUCGUAGUGGUUAUGUUUUUACUGAGUGUCAUCAAAGGAUAUGCAUUUACAAAAGUCACACUGAGAGCUUCUUCAAACCUGCAUAACAGAAUGUUUCAUGGGAUCCUCCGCAGUCCAAUGAGUUUCUUUGACACAACCCCGACUGGCAGGAUGAUUAACCGCUUCUCCAAGGACUUGGAUGAGAUUGAUGUCGGCUUGCCGUUUACCGCAGAGAAUUUCUUACAGUUCUCCUUGCUGGUUGUGUUCACCAUUACCAUCAUUUCAAUAGUGUUUGUAGAACUUCUUAUUGCAGUCUGUAUCCUGGCCGUUAUCAUCUGGAUCAUCCUAUUUGUUUUCCAGAGAAGUAUUCGAGAACUGAAGAGGAUGGAGAACAUUAGCCGGUCUCCCUGGUUCUCUUAUACCACUGCUACUGUCCAAGGACUGAGCACAAUCCAUGCAUACAAUAAGCAAGAAAAACAUAUUGAACAAUUUAAGCAGUUAGGCGACAUGAAUUCCAGUCAUUAUAUGCUUUUUCACUGCGGGACAAGAUGGCUUUCCUUUCGACUGGAUUUCCUUACGUCAGUCGUCUCUCUGCUGGUGGCUUUGUUUGCUGUUUUGGGCCCUGAUUCGAUCAGUCCUUCAUUUAAAGGGCUGGCUCUCUCCUACACAAUCCAGUUAACUGGAAUAUUACAGUUUUGUGUGAGACUUGGAACAGAAUUGGAAGCAAAAUUCACUUCUGCCGAAAGAAUACUGGAAUACAUAUUGGGAAGUGUUUCUGAGGCUUCUAUGAAGAGUAAGGCUGCACAAAUUCCUCAAGGGUGGCCAAACCAUGGUGCAAUUACCUUUAAUGACUACCAGAUGAAAUACAGAGAAAAUACCCCAAUAGUUCUGAAUGGGUUACACAUCCGAAUUGCUGCAAAAGAAAAAGUUGGAAUUGUAGGAAGAACAGGGUCCGGAAAGUCUUCCCUGGCAGUAGCUUUGUUCCGGCUAGUUGAGCCAUUCGGUGGAUCCAUCCACAUUGAUGAUCUUGACAUCGGCAGCAUUGGAUUGCAAGAUUUACGCAGUAAACUCUCAGUAAUCCCCCAGGAUCCUGUUUUGUUUAUUGGCACAGUAAGGUAUAAUCUGGAUCCUUUUAACAAAUACAGUGAAGAUGAGAUCUGGCAAGCGCUGGAAAGAACAUGUAUAAAAGAUAUGAUCUCCAGCCUGCCCAGAAAGCUAGAAGCAGAGGUGGUUGAGAACGGGGAGAACUUCUCUGUGGGUGAACGGCAGCUGCUGUGCAUGGCCCGAGCCAUUCUGAGAAACUCCAAGAUAAUUGUGUUAGAUGAAGCCACUGCCUCCAUCGAUUCUGAGACAGACGGCCUGAUCCAGCACACAAUCAGAGAGGCCUUCCGGGAGUGCACCAUGUUGACCAUCGCUCAUCGCAUCAACACAGUUUUGGACAGCGAUAAGAUCCUGGUCAUGGAAAAUGGAAAGGCUGUUGAAUUCGACCGACCAGAAGUCUUGGUGCAGAGACCAGAUUCGUUAUUUGCAUCACUUCUAGCAGCUGGCAAUACUGUGGAAACGUGAGCCGAGUUGAAGUUGCAAGUUCGCUGCUGUAGCAUGUUCUUUCUGCUGGCAGAAAAAAAGAUUUAUAUGUGUACGGUGGCUCAUUGAGGACAUGGAAAAAAAAGUUAUCUCCAGAAAUGAUCUCAUCAGAACCUACCCAGAUGUGACCAAAAUUCAGUCAAUGGUCACUGGGCAAGAGACAUGUUUCAACACCAGACCAAACAUACAUCUUGUGGCCAGGGUUUACAAUUACAAUAGAAAGAGAAGAAUGCAUUACCCAAUGUGUGCAUUGUUAAGCCACUAUGCAUUAUUUAAAAGUUAUGCAUUUGCAAUGCAGUGCACAAUGAGUCAUUUUUCAUAGAACACCAUUAAAUACUCCUUGAUGUGGGGAGUUAAAUCCAGUUUAAUAUCAUUUUGAUGGGAGCCUUGGGGCUACAGUCAAAAUAAUAUUGUGGUUUACUUUAAGAGGCAAGGCAUUUUUCCAUCUUCUUUUUAAAAGUACAGAAUUGCUAUUUCGAUCCCUCAGGAAUAAAUUAGUUAUUGGACAUGUUUCCCAAAAAAACCUUGUCAUUAAAAAACUGAAAGUCAAUAAGAGGUGCGGAAUUAGAUUAUUUUAAAAUUAGUCGUGUACCUCUACUGAAAAUGUCCCUGGUUAUUGCAUAAUAUCCUUUAAUGUUACUUUUAUUGCAGUACUGGGAUGAUGAAAACAGUAAAUAAUAUGCUAAGUAAAUCUAAACAACAACAAGAAUACAUUAAUUAUGAUGCCUGUGAUGUUUUCAUACCAACUGGGUUUCAGUUGCUCUGAUGGUCAGAGAUAAGAGAUGGGGUUGGUUAUGUACAUUUUAUUGGCCCUUUGGGAGUGUGGCAGUCAGCACACCCAUUGCCUUUGGCUUAUAAAUUCUGCUUAGUCAAAUGUAUAUUGCACAAUAGCCUUGCAGGCACUGUAUUAAAGCAACAGCAGUUAACAUGACUUGUAAAUUAUACUUUGAGGAUUUUUGGAGGCUUACAGUAUGUUAUGUUGUCAUUUUGGUACAUGUACUGUUUGUGUAGUGUUAGAUACCUAUGAAUCUAUUACUGAACAUUUGAACAUUUUAUCUAAAACUGUGAUAAGGAAGCACAAAAUGUGAUGUUAUUAAAAUCUGCCAACUAUACAGAGGAAAAAAAACAACUUUGUGGUCACCAGUCACUUCAAGGGGCAACAGUAAUAUACAGGGUGAUUAGAAAGUAAGUUUACCACAUCAACGCACCAUGCUAAUCACCCUGUACAAUAGGCAUAAAGUAACUCUUGAAAGGGUCAUAGUAAUAUACAGUACAGUAUGACACUAUAACAAGGCAACAUAUGGAAAAAGCAGCUGUCACUGCACAUAUGUCACUUAAACUAGUAUUUGA